AUGUGGGAGGCUGGGGCCCAAGUUCUGUUCCCAGGGCCUGAGACAGGAGUGACUGAGAUAGGAACUGAAGCUCCUCUCAAGGGACUGGAGAGCGGAAUCAGGCUCUCCUGGAUAGAUGGAAGCGCUCCCCGCAGACCAGAGCGCGACGUCUCCACUGCCCGGGGCACCAAAAUAGCUUCGCGGCCCGGCGGAGACUCCAGGCGGCGGUGGCUGACGCGGGACGGAGGCUUGGCAGGGGGCGCGCUGUCGUGGAAGGGCCUGCGGCCGCCGGGGAGUGGGCGGGCUAGGGCCGCGCGGGGCGGGGGCGCGGGGCAGCGGGCGGCCCCUCUGCUGGCCCGGCCUCUGGAGCCCCAGCUGCGCCCUGCCACCGCUGGCCGCGCGGCGCACCAGCUCGCCGCCCGCUCCCUCGCAGGUCACGACCGCUGUGGGCAGGCUUUGCUGCAGAUUGGGAUCAACAUGAUGGCAUUGCCUGGAGGCCGCCACCUGGACUCCAUCCCUCUGCCGGGUCAGCGGCUGCACCUGAUGCAAGUGGACUCGGUCCAGCGCUGGAUGGAGGACCUGAAGCUCAUGACCGAGUGUGAGUGCAUGUGCGUCCUGCAGGCAAAGCCCAUCAGCCUGGAGGAAGAUGCACAGAGUGACCUCAUCCUGGCUGGCGGCCCCGGCCCCGGAGACCCCCUGCAGCUGCUUCUCAAGAGGGGCUGGGUCAUCAGCACUGAGCUGCGCAGGAUUGGGCAGAAGCUGGCCCAGGACCGCUGGGCGCGCGUCCACAGCAUGAGUGUGCGUCUGACCUGCCAUGCCCGCUCCAUGGUCAGCGAGUACAGCGCUGUCAGCAGGAGCUCCUCGCAGGAGAUGGGCCAGAUUGAGAAACUGCUAAUGGAGAAAUGCUCAGAGCUCUCAGCAAUCACAGAGAGGUGCCUCCAGGUUGAGAAUGAGCAUGUCCUGAAGUCGAUGAAGGCCUGUGUGAGUGAGACCUUGAGCACGCUGGGCCAGCACUUUGGCCAGCUGCUGGAGCUGGCCCUGACCCGGGAGGUGCAGGCACUGGUGAGAAAAAUCAAUGCCUCAGACAAUAUCUACACCACGGAAUCCACCACAGGGAACCUGUUCAGCCUGACCCAGGAGGGUGCUCCCUUAUGCCGCAUCAUAGCCAAGGAGGGCGGGGUCGUAGCACUCUUCAAGGUCUGCCGCCAGGACAGUUUCCGGUGCUUGUACCCCCAGGCGCUGCGCACGCUGGCGUCCAUCUGCUGUGUGGAAGAGGGUGUCCACCAGCUGGAGAAGGUGGACGGCGUUCUGUGCUUGGCUGACAUCCUGACCGAUGACAGCCAUUCAGAGGCCACGCGGGCUGAGGCUGCGGCUGUGGUCGCCCAGGUCACCUCCCCACACCUGCCCUUUACUCAGCACCUCGGCAGCUUUCUGGAGAGCAUGGAAGAAAUCGUGACAGCUCUCAUCAAACUGUGCCAAGAGGCGUCGUCUGGGGAAGUCUUCCUGCUGGCUUCUGCGGCCCUUGCCAACAUCACCUUCUUUGACACGAUGGCCUGCGAGAUGCUUCUCCAGCUGAACGCCAUCCGUGUCCUCCUGGAAGCUUGCAGCGACAAGCAGAGAGUGGAUACGCCUUACACCCGGGAUCAGAUUGUGACCAUCUUGGCAAACAUGUCAGUCCUCGAGCAGUGUGCCUCUGACAUCAUUCAGGAGAAUGGGGUCCAGCUUAUCAUGGGCAUGCUGUCCGAGAAGCCAAGGUCUGGAACCCCUGCCGAGGUGGCGGCUUGCGAGCGAGUCCAGCAGAAGGCCGCGGUGACUCUGGCCCGCCUCAGCCGAGACCCAGAAGUGGCCCGGGAGGCCGUGCGGCUGAGCUGUAUGUCCCGCCUCAUCGAGCUCUGCAGGUCACCGUCCGAGAGGAACAGCAGUGAUGCUGUGCUCGUGGCCUGCCUGGCUGCGCUGCGUAGACUGGCGGGGGUCUGCCCUGAAAGCCUGCAGGACUCGGACUUCCAGCAGCUGGUCCAGCCCCGCCUUGUGGACUCUUUCUUACUUUGCAGCAACAUGGAGGAGAGUUUUGUGUAGCCAGUGUGGGAAAGGAAAGGCGUUUGGGCCCAUUCUCUUGCCCUCUCUGAGUACAUAGCUGUGAACACACCUGAGUACACACCAGCUCCCUCACCUCCUUAUUUAUACUUAAUUUAUUUUUUACAUGAAAUGGACAGAGGGCUAAAUAUUCUAGCAACAUCAUCGGGCGGUCUGUGGGCCUGGGAGUCUUUUUUAUUUUCAUCUCAGACUUCUGUGACUUUUCAGUUACAGAUGUUGAAAUGCAUAAUGCCUAAUAUGACCUAUUGUCAUGGGCUAUUUGCCUUCAUCUUGCUUUUCCUACUCUCAUUGUAUAAUCUUGCCUCAUUUUUCCCCCUUUUGGAACCAGAGUAUUUUAACUGCCCAGCAGUCUUUGGCUUUUUUUUUUUUUUUAAACUUGGCUUGCUCCUUUCUAAAAGAUUUUAAAUAAAUUUUAUAGUGGACAGAAUAUACUAGGAGGAAGGGUUUAUUCUUUAAUAGAUGAAAUCAUACAAAACAUGUCUUGCAUUUUCAGAUUACAUUACAUCUCAGACCAAGUUCUUAAUUCAUAAGGUUUCAAGUCCCCAAAUCCUUUCCAACUAUUAAAACCGUGUAGAGAGUUGUCUUGUUUUCUUAAGUGCAUGAAUGGGUCGAGUUCUGAGGGAUUUAGUGAGAAAUCAAAAAGAUUGGAAUUCCAAAGUCCCCAGAAACUCAGUUUCCCUAGGCUUUUCUGCUUUUGUGUAACUUCCUGGCCACUAGGAUCCUCAAAGGAAGUGUUAGUAAAUGAUGUCUUUUUAAAAGUAUACUUGAAAGUAGUGGUAUGCCGGAGCUGGCUCUGACAAGCUUGCGAGGGACAACUGUGAGAAUUUCUCCCCAGUUCUGCAUUCCGCGAUCUUAUUGUGGUAGCUUGAAAUUGGCAAUAGAGGGAGUAUUUAUAUCUCAGAAAUUAGAUGAUGUUAUAACUCAGAGCUUCCC